GCAGUUGUCAUUUUUGAAAUUUUGCAGUAAUAUUUCCCUCUCUCUCUUUUUUUUUUUUUUUUUUUUUUUCGGCUAAUAUUUACUUUGGGCCACAUUGCUACCCAACUCAGGGCUGGCUCUACCUGUAAAAAAAAAAAAAAUAGGCCGCCGCUUCGUGCCUCAUUUUUUAUAAUAAUUUAAAUAUUUUUUUUUUAAAUGAAUAUUAUUUAUUAAAAAAAUAAUUUUUUAUAUAAAAGGAAAGAAUUAUUAUAAGAAGUUCAUAUAUGUAGUGUAUUAUGUUUUAAGAAAGAUUAAAUGCAUUGAUUAUAUUAUUACUUAGAAACGAAUAAUUAGAAAAAAUUAAUUAUAUAAUUUUAAAAAUAGAGUUCAUUAAAAGAAAAUUAUUUUUUCUUAAAAUUGGAAGGCUUCCAUUUGAUUUUUGCCUUAGGCCAUGAAUAUGUUUGAGCCGCCCUACUCCAACUUGACUUUUAUUCCAUAAACAAGUACUAGCAAUGAUAGUCAUUUUUGUGUUGGAAUACAGUGAAAUAUGAAUGAGAUUUAUCAUUUUAUUGAAAGUUUGGGGUUUCGAGCAUGUGUAAUAGAAAGGAUUUGAAGGUAUCCCAACAUAAAUUUGAUGAUAUUAGAUUAAAAGCUUAUAUGAUGUUAAAUUAAAACUUUCUAAAUCCGCCUUUACGUCUCUAAACAUGCAUCUCACUGGAAAAAGUGUUCGAGCUAAACAACUUUUAAGAAAAACAAUAAAAUUUUUUUUUAUAAGUCCUUAAUAUGAAGCAUUUCUCUUUUAGUGGAUCAUACAUACAACAAACAUAAGGAAUGUAGCUCAAUUGGUUGGGCUAUAGUCUCUUCAUUGAUAUGAGUUUAAUUUUUCAUUCUGCGUCCCCCUCGCAUGUUUCUUCACAAUAAAAAUAUGCACUAACAUCAACAUAUUAUGUAUAAUUUCAUAAAUCAUAAGUCAUGUGAACUAAAAGGAUAUGAUGAUUUGUAUGCAUAGAGAUAAAAAAGAGAGUACACUAAUCAUAAAUCAUACAUGACAAAUUUAAAUUAAUUGAAGCAGUAAAUUUUGAACAAUGGAUUUUGUUUUUUCAAAACAAUGGAUAAUUAUAUGAAAAAACAAUAUAAUAAAGUCUGUACCGCACUCUUUUAAAUAUGCCAUGCCCUUUUCAUCACCUUCACUUUAAUUCUCCCCCGCCCCCCACCCCACCAUUCUUGUUCGAGAACCAACUAUUUUUUCUUUUAAAUUCCUUCUAUUUGCACUCUCUUUUUCUUAUUAUAGCAAAUUCCACUGCAACAUAAAAUAAUUCAGAAAAAAAUGUUGCCACUAAAACUUGCAUUAGCAGUGUUUUUAGUGGCAGUUGUGAAUACGGUUGUUGCAGAAGAUCCUUAUAGAUACUUCGACUGGAAUGUUACUUAUGGAACUAUUUAUCCUCUUGGAGUCCCUCAACAGGGAAUUUUGAUUAAUGGACAAUUUCCUGGUCCUGAUAUUUACUCUGUCACAAAUGAUAAUCUUGUUAUCAAUGUCUACAAUAGCUUGGAUGAGCCUUUUCUACUUUCCUGGAACGGGAUACAGAACAGGAGAAACUCGUUCGUAGACGGAGUAUAUGGAACAACAUGUCCAAUACCUCCUGGAAAAAACUACACAUACAAUCUACAAGUGAAGGAUCAAAUAGGGAGUUUCUACUACUUCCCAUCUCUUGCAUUUCAUAAAGCUGCUGGUGGUUUUGGAGGGAUUAGGAUUCUCAGCAGGCCUAGAAUCCCCGUUCCUUUCUCGGACCCUGCAAACGAUUACACUAUCCUCAUUGGGGAUUGGUACACGAAGAAUCACACGGCCUCGAGAGCAAUUCUUGACGGAGGGAAGAAGUUACCUUUCCCCGAUGGCAUUCUUAUCAACGGUCGUGGCCCUAAUGGUGUUACAUUCACAGUUGAGCAAGGGAAAACUUAUAGACUCAGAAUAUCCAAUGUUGGAUUGCAAAGUUCACUUAACUUCCGAGUUGAAGGACACAAAAUGACAUUAGUUGAAGUCGAGGGAACACACACAUUGCAAACAAGUUAUUCCUCGCUUGAUGUUCAUGUUGGUCAAUCUUACUCUGUCCUCAUUACAGCUAAUCAAGAAGCGAAAGACCAUUACAUUGUUGUUUCAUCUCGUUUCACAACUCCAGUCCUCACCACCACCGCGGUACUUCACUAUAGCGGCUCUAACACCCCCGUCUCUGGCCCUCCUCCUGGUGGACCUACCAUCCAAAUCGACUGGUCCCUUAACCAGGCUCGCUCCAUCAGGACAAACUUGACGGCAAGUGGACCAAGGCCAAACCCACAAGGUUCGUAUCAUUAUGGUAUGAUCAACACAACUAAAACCAUCAGACUUGCUAGUUCUGCUGGUCAAGUGAAUGGCAAACAGAGAUAUGCAGUCAACAGCGUGUCGUUUGUGCCACUUGAUACUCCCCUCAAGCUUCUCGACUACUUCAAGGUUGGAGGUUUCAAAGUUGGAAGCAUAUCUAAUGCCCCAACUGGUGGAGGAAUUUACCUAGACACGUCUGUCCUAGGCAUCGAUUACAGGCAAUUCAUUGAGAUUAUAUUCGAGAACAAUGAGGACAUCGUCCAAAGCUGGCAUCUUGAUGGCUACUCUUUCUGGGUUGUAGGGAUGGAUGGAGGUCAGUGGACUCAAGCUAGUAGGAACGGAUACAAUCUUCGCGAUGCAGUUUCACGUUGCACCACUCAGGUCUAUCCCAAGUCAUGGACCGCUAUAUACAUUGCAUUAGACAAUGUAGGAAUGUGGAACCUACGGACUGAAUUUUGGGCACGACAGUACCUCGGACAACAACUAUACGUGAGAGUCUACACAGACUCUACCUCAUUGAGAGACGAAUAUCCAAUACCAAGGAAUGCUCGUCUUUGUGGCAAGGUGGCUGGACGACACACACGACCACUCUAAGCAAAUUCUGCAAUUCUAGUAGAGGAAAAUUUUAUUUAUACAAUCUUUGGAUUAUUGUGAGUUUAGAAGUAAUGCCUUAUUACUACUAUUUUGCUACUACUACUAGCUGCUAAUUUGAAUGACCUUAGCUCAAGGUCAACAUUCUUUCUUCAAUUCCACCAAAACAUUGUAUUUUGUUCUUUCUUCAUUGCUGUACUUCUCGUAAAUUAUUACUUGCUAUAUAAAUGAAGUGCUUUUUCAUUAUUGUA